AUGGCCUAUAGGGUCCUGGGCCGCGCGGGGCCACCUCAGCCGCGGAGGGCGCGCAGGCUGCUCUUCGCCUUCACGCUGUCGCUGUCCUGCACUUACCUGUGCUACAGCUUCCUGUGCUGCUGCGACGUCCUGGGCCGGAGCCGCCUCCUCGGCGCGCCUCGCUGCCUCCGCGGCCCCGGCGUGGGCGGCCAGAAACUUCUCCCGAAGUCCCGCCCUUGCGAUCCCCCCGGGCCGACGCCCAGCGAGCCGAGCGCUCCCAGCGCGCCGGCCGCCGCCGCCGUGCCCGCCCCUCGCCUCUCGAGUUCCAACCACUCUGGGUCGCCGAAGCUGGGCACCAAGCGGCUGCCCCAAGCCCUUAUCGUGGGCGUGAAGAAGGGGGGCACCCGGGCCGUGCUGGAGUUUAUCCGCGUGCACCCGGACGUGCGGGCCUUGGGCACGGAGCCCCACUUCUUCGACAGGAACUACGGCCGCGGGCUGGACUGGUACAGGAGCCUCAUGCCCAGGACCCUGGACACCCAGAUCACCCUGGAGAAGACCCCCAGCUAUUUCGUCACUCAAGAGGCCCCCCGCCGCAUCUUCAACAUGUCACGGGACACCAAGCUCAUCGUGGUGGUGCGGAACCCCGUGACCCGCGCCAUCUCCGACUACACCCAGACGCUGUCCAAGAAGCCGGACAUCCCUACCUUCGAGGGCCUCUCCUUCCGCAACCGCACGCUGGGGCUGGUGGACGUGUCGUGGAAUGCCAUCCGCAUCGGCAUGUACGCGCUGCACCUGCAGAGCUGGCUGCAGUACUUCCCGCUGGCUCAGAUCCACUUCGUCAGCGGCGAGCGGCUCAUCACCGACCCGGCCGGCGAGAUGGGGCGCGUCCAGGACUUCCUGGGCAUUAAGAGGUUCAUCACGGACAAGCACUUCUACUUCAAUAAGACCAAAGGAUUCCCUUGCCUGAAAAAAACCGAGUCCAGCCUGCUGCCCCGUUGCCUGGGCAAAUCGAAAGGACGGGCUCACGUUCAGAUCGAUCCUGAAGUGAUAGACCAGCUCCGGGAAUUUUAUAGACCUUAUAAUAUUAAAUUUUAUGAGACAGUCGGGCAGGACUUCAGGUGGGAGUGA